AUGAGGUUCUCGCUCGCUUGCCUGUCGCUGUGGGCGACCAAUGCUAUUGCGCUAUCAACAUACAGUGUUGAUGGUUCAAUUCCAACAUUGACCCCGACGGUUGCUGCGACCAUUCCGAGCGAUGUGGAAGCGCCAGAAGUGACUCCUCGAGCAGUCGAAGUGAACCCCGACGGAUACGGAUUCACUGCCACAGUAACAAUUACUGUGGGAAUCACGAUCGACAUUGGGGAGACUAUCACUUGCACCGAGACAGAGACGAUCACCAAAACUAAGCCCGGUCCGACGACCACGGUCACUCAAACCAUCACUGAUAUUUUGACUUCAACGAAGACAAUUACGACUCGAGGAUCGACUGUGACUUACACAGUCACGACCACCAAGCCAGGUCCAACCGUCACGAGAACCCUACCUGGAUCGACUAUCACCGAACCAGCAUCCACAGUCACCGAGCCUGGAACGACGAUUACUGAGCCUGGAACGACGAUUACUGAGCCUGGAACGACGAUAACUUUACCCGCGUCUACGAUUACCGAACCUGGGUCUACUAUCACCGAGCCAGCAUCCACAGUCACCGAACCUGGAUCAACAGUUACUGAACCGGGAUCAACAAUUACUGAGCCAGGCUCAACAAUUACAGAACCAGGGUCGACGAUUACCGAACCUGGAUCGACUGUCACGACGACUCUGCCUGGGUCGACAAUUACUGAGCCAGCAUCGACUAUCACGAUCACCGUUGGAGGGUCAACUAUCACAGAGCCUGGAUCAACCAUCACAGAGCCUGGAUCAACCAUUCCAGCCUCGACCAUCACGAUCCCGGCCUCGACGAUCACGACUACAAUUACCCAGCCUGCGAGCACCAUCACCCUGCCAGGCGGAACCACUACUUUGCCAGGGUCAACGAUUACGUCCACGAUCACCUUCCCGGCGAGCACAGUCACCAUUAUCGGUUCAACCACGAUAAUUGAUACAGUCACUGCGCCAGGUUCAACCGAGACAGUCCCCACGACGAUCUUCGAAACGAUUACUGAUCCAGGGACAACCGAGACACUGACCUCUAGCAGAACUGUCACCAGAACCAUUUCAGUGUCCGUGUGUUCAACGCUUGUAGCCAAUCCAACCUACACGCCCACAACUGCUCUUCCUGACGACUACACCUGGGGCUGCCCUCCUGGGUAUCUGUGUCAACCGCCACACACUGGAGACCGCGCUGGCUGUAACGUGGAAGCUGGUCUCCCGGCAACUGGCUAUGUUUGUGCACCUUCGGAGUGUGUAAUUGCUCCUCCCUUGAUCUUCAAUCAUUCCACAGAGGGCGGCCAGCAAUACAACUUCAGCAGUGACUAUUACAACCUCGAUCCACAGGAGUUUGGUCUCAAUUACAGCAUCUUCCAAUUUACAGAAGAGUUCGUCGUUGCUAGCAAGAAGCGAAGCCUGUUCUCGCCCCUCGGAGACUUUGUCGCCAGGCAGAAAAACAAGAGAGACGAUGACAGCAUCCCUUCCCUCUGCUAUAAUAGCUGUAACGAUGCUGCUCUCGAGCCUCAGUCUAUUGGCAAAGUACCCGCGCUGUGCCAAAGUGACUCUGCUUUCUCCACAGACUUGGCGAAUUGCGAGUCAUGCAUCAGUCGUUUUGCGUCGACACCUUCAGAUGUGUACUCACAAACGCUGUUGCCCUCUUUCUCCCAGUGGCUAAACUUUUGUGCUGAUGUGACGACGACUGCUUCGAGCAGUACGGCACAAUCGACAGCCACCAGCACUACCGCCGUGAGCACUACGACAAGCACAUCAACUGCUUCACCUAGUGACUCGACCGCGACCUCUCCGACGCCUACGGCUACGGCUACUACUGGAAGUACCCAGACCACUGCAGCUUCCAGUACCCAAACUAGUGGCUCUAGUGGCUCAACUAGUGGUGGUUCUACUGGCUCAACUAGUGGUGGUUCCAGCCCAGCUGGGUCGACUUCUGGUUCUUCGGAUACUGACAGUUCGACGACUUCAGGAUCUAGCGUUGGUAGCUCAAUCACUGGAGCAAGUACGCUGGCAACUGUCACCGGCUCAAACUCAGCCGGCCCCAGUGGAACCUCUGGAGCGAACACAGAUUCCUCCUCUGGCUCAUCGAGCACAAGCUCCGGUGCGUCGGGUGUCGAUGCUAUCGGCGUUGGGGCUAGCGGUGGAACCACCCCUGGCAAGAAUCCCACUGCAACGUCCUCCCGUGGUGUCGCUGGCUCAUCUGGUAGACCUGGAAGCCAAUCUAGCACUGCGAGCGCAUCUACUUCUUCUCCCGCGUUCAAUGCGGCACCAUCAACGAAGAAUGUUCCUCGUACAGGUCUAUUAGGCUUGUUCUUGGCUAUUCUCGCGUCACUCCUUUAA